AUGUCCUUCCCCCAGCUCGGAUACCAGUACAUCCGCCCGCUCUACCCACCCGAGCGCCCGGGGGCCGCCGGCGGCGGCGGCAGCGCUGGAGCCCGCGGCGGCCCAGGAGCCGGGGCCUCGGAGCUGGCCGCCUCGGGGUCCCUGUCCAACGUGCUCUCCUCCGUGUACGGGGCGCCCUAUGCAGCGGCGGCAGCGGCUGCCGCCGCCGCCCAAGGCUACGGUGCCUUUCUGCCCUACGCCGCGGAGCUGCCCAUCUUCCCGCAGCUGGGCGCGCAGUACGAGCUGAAAGACAGCCCCGGGGUGCAGCAUCCGGCCGCGGCCGCCGCGUUUCCGCACCCGCACCCCGCCUUCUACCCGUAUGGCCAGUACCAGUUCGGGGACCCGUCCCGUCCCAAGAACGCCACCCGGGAGAGCACGAGCACGCUCAAGGCCUGGCUGAACGAGCACCGCAAGAACCCCUACCCCACCAAGGGCGAGAAGAUAAUGCUGGCCAUCAUCACCAAGAUGACCCUCACCCAGGUGUCCACCUGGUUCGCCAACGCGCGCCGGCGCCUCAAGAAGGAGAACAAGAUGACUUGGGCGCCGCGCAGCCGCACCGACGAGGAGGGCAACGCUUAUGGGAGCGAGCGCGAGGAAGAAGACGAGGAGGAGGACGAAGAAGACAGCAAACGCGAACUGGAGCUGGAGGAGGAGGAGCUCGUGGGGGAGGAGGAGGACACGGGGGGCGAGGGCCUGGCGGACGACGACGAAGACGAGGAGAUCGAUUUGGAGAACUUAGACGGCGCGGCCGCCGGACCUGAGCUGGCCUUGUCUGGGGCGGCCCACGGGGACGGCGACCUCGGCCUGAGACCCAUUUCAGACUCCAAGAAUAGCGACUCGGACGACAGCUCGGAGGGUUUGGAAGAGCGUCCAUUGCCCGUGUUGAGUCUGGCCCCGGCACCACCGCCGGGGCCCGCGGUUCUGCCGUCUCCGCCCUCGCCUCCUGCGGGCCUGGACCCCUGCGCUCCCGCACCAGCGCCCGCCUCAGCCCUGCAGAAGCCCAAGAUCUGGUCCCUGGCCGAGACGGCCACAAGCCCGGACAACCCGCGCCGCUCGCCUCCGGGCUCUGGUGGUUCUCCCCCGGGGGCCGCCGCCGCGCCCCCAGCCCUGCAGCUCUCUCCGGCCGCCGCGGCUCACAGACUCGUCUCGGCGCCGUUGGGCAAGUUCCCCGCUUGGACCAACCGGCCGUUCCCAGGCCCUACGCCGGGCCCACGCCCGCACCCGCUCUCCCUGCUCGGCUCGGCCCCUCCACACCUGCUGGGACUUCCCGGAGCCGCGGGCCACCCGGCCGCCGCCGCGGCCGCCUUCGCUCGGCCCGCGGAGCCCGAGGGCGGAACAGAUCGCUGUAGUGCCUUGGAAGUGGAGAAAAAGUUACUCAAGACAGCUUUCCAGCCCGUGCCCAGGCGGCCCCAGAACCACCUGGACGCCGCUCUGGUCUUAUCGGCUCUCUCCUCAUCCUAGUACUUAUUUUUAAAAAUUUUCAAUCGUUGUAAUAAUUGUAAAAAAAAAAUCUCUGUAUAGUUAUGACUUAUAAGCAUGUCCGUGUACCUAAAAAACAAAACUAAGCAAAAAGGAAAAAAAAAAAAAAGAAAUAAAACCAGUCCCCCUCAGUCCUCCCCAAGUGGCUUCUAUACCCCACGUUAGCUGAGUUGUGAGGGGUUUUUAUUUUGGUGGUGUUGCUGUUCGGUUGAUUUUGGGGGGUGGAGUUUCCGUGAGAAUAAGAGCGUCUGACUUUUUUUUUUUGUAUAUACAGAAAAAAUGUACAUAUGUGUGAACCAAAUUGUACAAGAAAGUAUCUAUUUUUGGCUAAAUAAAUGAGCUGUUGCCACUUUGACUAUAA